AUGAAGGUUCCUAUUGCCACGAUCCUCGUCGCUGGGCUCGCCCUGCCCGCCGUGGCUGCCCCUAUUCGUUCUUUCGACGUCGUCGCACGCACCCCCGGCGGAGGCGGCGGCAGAAACGGCAAAAGCGGCACCUACUCCAACAAUGGCAGCAACAACACCAAUGGCAACUACGGCAACUACGGGUCCUAUGGAACGUACAGCAACUACCCGACAUCUUACACAACCUACGGCACAUACCCCAGCACAUACUCGACAUACGGCUCGUACCCAAGCAACUACUCUACCUACGGUACUUACAAGCGCUGGGUGGGUUGGGCGAAGAACCUCUUUGCCCAUUCGUCGGCUGACGUCGAGACCAAAGGCGCCGUCUCGGGGGCCGUGGUGAAGAGACGUCUCUUCAACCCUGGCCCUGGCAAGCAGGAGUUCCCCAAGUUCAAUGUUUCCAGAGCCAGGAUCGUAUGA